UCUAUUUCUCUCUAAUCAAAACAUUCUCCUUCGGCCACCUUAUCUCUCAAUUUCUCUCUGCGUCUCUCCUAUGCUUUCUUAUUGAAAACCAAAGAUUUGGGUUUUGUUUAAGGGAUCUAAAGAGAGGGAAACAGAGAGGGAGAGACAUGGAAGCGGUGCUACAAACCAAAGGGCUUCUUUCACUACCAUCAAACCCCAAAACCAGAGCUUUGUAUCCUUCACAGGGCUUAAAGCAGAGGCUUUUUGCUACAAAACCUAAAACUUUUACUGGGUUUUCUUUAUCUUCAAAUGGGGUCCCAAAAUUUCCUACCUUUGUAUCAAAACCAAGUGGGUUUUCCCCAAAAGAUAGAAACUUGCAUAUUUGCAGGGCAGAGGCUGCAGCUGAUGGACAACCUUUGUUUGGUGAAGAAACUGAUAAACCAAAGUUUUUGGGUAUUGAGCUUGCGACUCUUAAAAAAAUUAUCCCACUUGGGUUAAUGUUCUUUUGUAUUCUUUUUAACUACACAAUCCUUAGAGACACUAAGGAUGUGUUGGUCGUGACAGCCAAAGGUAGCAGUGCAGAAAUUAUACCAUUUUUGAAAACUUGGGUGAAUUUGCCUAUGGCUGUUGGGUUCAUGUUAUUGUAUACAAAAUUGGCUAAUGUAUUGUCAAAACAAGCUCUCUUUUAUACUGUAAUCGUUCCUUUUAUUGCCUUCUUUGGGGCUUUUGGGUUUGUUUUGUAUCCUCUCAGCAACUAUAUCCACCCUGAAGCAUUUGCUGAUAAACUUCUCAACGUACUUGGCCCAAGGUUUCUUGGUCCUCUAGCAAUUAUGAGGAUUUGGACCUUUUGUUUGUUCUAUGUCAUGGCUGAAUUGUGGGGGAGUGUGGUGAUUUCAGUGCUGUUCUGGGGAUUUGCUAAUCAGAUCACUACUAUAGAUGAAGCAAAACGAUUUUACCCCCUUUUUGGACUCGGGGCGAAUGUUGCUCUGAUUUUCUCAGGCCGAACAGUGAAGUACUUCUCCAAUUUGAGAAAAAACUUGGGUCCUGGUGUUGAUGGUUGGGCCAUCUCGCUCAAAGGAAUGAUGAGCAUUGUAGUGUUGAUGGGGCUUGCAAUCUGUUUGUGUUACUGGUGGGUGAAUACGUAUGUUCCUCUACCAACCCGAAGUAAGAAGAAGAAGGAAAAGCCAAAGAUGACCACAAUGGAGAGCUUGAAAUUCCUUGUGUCUUCCAGAUAUAUUAGAGAUCUUGCGACUUUGGUGGUUGCAUAUGGUAUUAGCAUCAACCUUGUUGAGGUUACCUGGAAAUCAAAGUUAAAGGCGCAGUUCCCCAGCCCAAAUGAGUACUCUGCCUUUAUGGGUGACUUUUCAACAGCAACUGGAAUAGCAACUUUCACGAUGAUGCUUCUAAGUCAAUUUAUAUUUGACAAAUAUGGAUGGGGAGUUGCAGCUAAAAUUACACCUACAGUCCUGCUUCUAACAGGAGUUGGUUUCUUCUCUCUGAUUUUGUUUGGGGGCCCUCUUGUUCCUACCCUUGCACAGUUUGGGAUGACUCCUCUUCUUGCUGCUGUAUAUGUGGGUGCCUUGCAAAACAUUUUCAGCAAGAGUGCCAAGUACAGUUUGUUUGAUCCAUGCAAAGAAAUGGCUUAUAUUCCCUUGGAUGAGGACACUAAGGUUAAAGGGAAGGCAGCCAUUGAUGUUGUCUGCAAUCCGUUGGGGAAGUCUGGAGGGGCUCUUAUUCAACAGUUUAUGAUUUUAACCUUUGGGUCACUUGCCAAUUCAACUCCUUACCUUGGAGGAAUACUUCUGGUGAUCGUGCUUGCAUGGUUAGCCGCGGCCAAGUCUCUGGAUACCCAGUUUACUGCUCUACGCCAGGAAGAAGAGCUUGAGAAGGAGAUGGAAAGAGUGGCUGUGAAGAUCCCCGUAGUGUCUCAAGGUGGAAAUGGCUCUCUUCCAAGUGGCACUGCACUCGAUCCAACAACAGGUGACUCGACCAGCAGUUUGUCUGAACCUUCAACUCCCCAUAAGAACUAGUAUAUUUCUUCCAUUCCUCCACUGUGGGAUGCUGGAAGAAUAAGCGAACUCAAUGAGAAAGUGCUAGCAGGUGAAUUUGUUUGUAGGAAAAGAAUAAUAGUUAGAAGGUAGGAUGCAUCUUGCUGUUCCUCUUCCAUGACAACGGACUUCUAAAGUCUUGAGUUCGUCCAGUUUUUAAGUCCGUGUUGUAGAAUUGAAAGUGGAUUAAUAUUCUUAGAUAUCUGUUUUUAAAUGGUUUUCAAA